AUGUCCUCACCCUCUCUGCCCCUGCCCUCCCUGCCCCCCAGCCCCUUGGCCAUGGAGUACCUCAACGAUUUCGAUCUUCUCAAGUUUGAAGUGAAGGCGGACACCUCUCCCGAUACAGCAUCCUGCCCUCACGCCGAAGCUUUGCCCCAUGACCCCUCCAGUCCCUAUCCGAAUCACCCGCCCCAGGACUCUUGCAUCAGUUCUAGCCCCUACGACUCUCUUCCCCCUUCCCCAACGCUGAGUGACACCCACCCCCCUCCCUCGUCCUCCUCAUGUCUCUCCCUGUCUUCGCUGUCCUCCUCCUCGUCCUCCCUGUCCUUCCCCCUUCCUGUCCCAGGUGGGCACCCCUAUAACCUGUCUCAUGGCUCCAACCCGGGCACCAACCCUGCCUCCCUGGAGGACUUGAUAUGGCUCGCAGCGCUGCAGCAGCAGUUUGGGCCCGAUGCCGUGGGACCUGUGUCGGUGCUGGGGGCCCUUGGUGGGGGGGGCGAGAGAGGAGAGAGGGAGAGGGGCCCCACCGGGGGGUUUCUGGGCUGCGAGGAUGCUGUGGAGGCCCUGCUCAACUCAGCAGCUGUAGCAGUCAGCUCACAGUUUCCAGCGCUCAGCCAGAGUUGUGGCAGCAGCCAGCAGGACUCCAGCAGUGACAGCGGAGGUGACAUCUCCACCUCAAAGGCGACAGAUGCAUGUCAACGCCCACUCAUCGUCCUGUCCUCCGGCCCGGCUUCCCUACCCGGCGUCCCUCCCUCUGUGCCCUACCCCCAGCCUCCUAGCCCAGAGGGGCGACCCCAUCACCCCCAUCACCACCAUCUACACCCACAUCACCCUCAUCACGUUCAUCAUCACCAUCAUCUCCAUCACCAGAUGGCCCAGUGCGCAGUGGAGGAGCGGUUCACGGACGAGCAGCUGGUCAGCUUGUCGGUGCGGGAGCUGAACCGCCACCUUCGCGGGGUCAGCAAGGAUGAGGUGGUGCGGCUGAAGCAGAAGCGGCGAACGCUCAAGAACCGCGGAUACGCCCAGUCCUGUCGCUACAAGCGCCUGCAGCACCGGCACGCGCUCGAGUCGGAGAAGCAUGUCCUCACGCAACAGCUGGAGCAGCUCCAAUGUGAACUCUCCAGGGUGCUCAGCGAGAGAGACGCCUACAAGACUCGUUACGAGAAGCUUAUCAACAAGAAGGACACUCCGCCCACCCGCGGCAGCAGCCCUCCCUCUCCCCCGGACUACUUCCUCUGAAGGCCGCCGACAGAGAGCGAGAGACAGACGCGGGACGAGCGCUGGAACCAGCAGAUCGCCAAACGGCCGACUGCCAGGAGGGCGCGAGCGGGACGGCGCUUCCGAAACGAGCCGCUUCAAAUCAGGGUGACCAUCGUGACUGUUGAGUAGAGCCAAAGCAUAGGAGACACGUGCAAAGAGCGAAAUCGUAGAGAUGCUAAUUAAAUACCACUGUGAAACAUAGCGGCGCUUCCUCACAUCUCGGCGAUUCCGCGUAGCCACGUCCCACGCUGGUGAAAUCGGGGUGUUAAUGUCUUUUCGAGAACAGCGUAAGCCGAGCGUAACUGCGAUUGCGGCUGUAGCGUCCUACAUCUAAAAAGUAAUUUAUGUGGGGGGGGGGGGAAGAAGGAAAGAUAUGCAAGAAAACGGAAAUAGCCUGAGCUUGAGUAAAUUGCGCAGUUUUGACACGUGGCA